CCUGGGAGUUUUUUCCCGUUCGUAUGGAUUGUCGGUCUAGUUUGUCAUUUUUGUCCACCAUGUUCGUAGUGUUUGUAUGUCUAAAAAACACCCGGGUUGACUUUGGGAAGGAGCCCCUCUAUAUAGGGAUGGAGCCUCCAAAGUCAACUCGGUUGUUUUUUUCUUUUUGUAUGGUUUGUAUUGUUUGUGAGUCUAGUUUGUAUUGUUUGUACAGUUCAUACGUUUGUAAUGUUUGUAUGUUUUGUCGCUCUAGUUUGUACUGUUCGUAUGUUUGUAUGGUUUGUACUGAUUGUAAAUCCGGUUUGUAUACUUCGUAAUUUUCCAUAAUACCCAAACUACCCCUGUCAUUAAUUAAAUAGCCAUUCCCACUUUUUAACCAUUGGAUUGAAGUGUCCAGAUCUAAUGGCUAGGAGGGGCUUAGUCAAGUGACUAAGGACCCCCCCCCCCUUAGUCAUGGGAUCCGCUCUCUGUCAUAAACCAGUAGGUCCCAAUAACUCGAGUUGUUAGAAGAAGGUUAUCCUGGACCUUUAUACCACUUUCUAACACUUAUGACCCGCAAUAUUAACGAUCGUCUUUAAAGCACAUGAUAUGGUGGGCCGAUGCAAAUUUGAAGUCCAUUACUAGACUUUCGUUUGAGAGGCACAUAUAAACAAAUGAUCAUUAAGUAUCAUAUAUAUAUAUAUAUAUACAUAUAUGAUUAUCUUCUAACAACUCGAAUUUAUUAAAACCAAUUAGUUAUGGAGCCACUCUUUCUAUAAUUCAACUCAACUGGAUUACGAUGUUCAUCGCUCAUCUAUGAUCGUGGACCUUUUACACAAGAUCUUACAAUCCUUCACGUGUAUGAGUACCAUCAGUGAACAUUUUAGCAAAAUUGAUACAAAUAAGAUAAGUUCUAAUGUGGAUGUAAAAUUGUAAAUUGACGGAUGGAGACCAAUUGGAUAUCAAGAAUCUUGUGCUGCCUGCCUGCCUGCGGAUCUGUGUGCCGGUUAUAGCUGUAAUGGAUGAAACUUAUAUAUUUUAUGGGGUGCGAGCAUUAAGCAAGCAGGCGGGAGCGAGGCGGCAUGUCCCCCAAAUUCAGCAGGCGGGAGCUAUAAGCUCAUCUCAUUCCCCCAAAAGCUGCCUGUUACCUACACAUAGACUGGCAAUCGGUUCGGUUAUAAUCAGAAUUGUCAAAUCGGUUUUUUAUUGAUUGUUAAGUAUUUUGUACUUACGGUUAAUGGGUUGUAACCAUAUAAUUGAUUCUGAAUUUUUUUUCAAUUAACUGAAUAACUGUAAUGAUUUGGUAAGGUUAUAUCAAAAUAAUCGAUCGAUAACUACUGUGGUAAACCGAACUUAUGCAUUAAUAUGCCGGAUUAGAGUUUGAAUCUCUAGCUCCUACCUUUAAUUUACUUUUCUUCGAUGCUUUUUCUGCCAAUUAAACUUUCUCUUUUCGGUGGGUGGUUUCCAAAGAGAUAAAGAGAGAGCAUUGCCUCUCUUACCACCUUUAUAUUUCUCUUAUCUCAGUCCACCUAUCACCUAAUGAUCGAAUACUGUAUGUCAAUUAAGAUGAACUUCGAUCGAUAUCCUUGCAGCUAAUCUGAAUAUGUUAUUUGUUAUAUACGCACUGCUAUAAAUCGAGAAAUCGCUGGAAUCGACAGAGCAAAAAUACGAAAGAGAGAAUCGAAAACAUGACACAUGAUUUACAUGUUUCACUAACACGAUGUGUGUUAGCUAGUCAACGGGCGAGAGAAAGCCAGUUUCACUAUAUCGAGGAGAUUACAUAUUACAGAUGAGUAUGAGAAUUAUUUAUAGUACUUCUUCUAACACGAUAUGCGUUGCCCCUGGACCCCACUCGCUGACCGAGCAGCGAAACCCCCGAUUACCAGUCGUAGCGAUUGAUAGUCCAAUUCAAGUCACAUCAACAUUAUUAUUAUUAUCAUUGGGUAGACGAUGGAGGUGGCGGCAGCGGCGCUUCAAGGGUUAUACUUAUUAUACGCACCAGUGGAGGAUCCAGGGCUGGGCCAACCUAGGCCCCGGCCCAGCCCUCCUCCGGAUCCAGAGUUAGUUUAGUGCUUAUAAAUUUGUUUAAUUUAGGUAUUUGGCCCAGUGCUAGUUAAAAUCCUGUCUAGUUUUAUUUGAUAAUAAAAUUUUGUGUAACGAGGAAAAGAACAUAUCCAAACCAUCACUCUAAAUAAAUACUAAAUUUUCUAUACCCCAAAUGAUUUUAUUUGAAAAAAGAAAUGAAAACCUGAAAGUGUAAAGUUUCAUUAAAAUAAAAUAAAAACUCUAAACUAAAGCACACCAUUCCUUCCAAAAUUCAAAAAAUUUCCCAAUCCCCCCAAAACAAAACAAGAACGAGGAGACGGGCAGACCCAAAAUGGAUUUCUCCUCCAGCCCGUCGAGCUGGUUUUCUUUCCAUUCUUUUGAUUAAGAAAAUACUUACAAACUUGCUCAGUUAUCAUUUAAAUUAUCUCAAUUGAGUGGGGCACUAGAUUCUAACCGUUCUUUCUGGUGUUUUGAUGAAGAAAAUAUGUACAAACUUGCUCAAGAGUUUAGCCUCGAGAUUUUGAAGGCUAUGAGAUGCAUUCUUUGGAGAAUGCACUACUCAUGUGAGGAAGAUGAAGUUUUUUCUCUUGCAAAAUUAUUAGAGAAGCUGGAGGAAACAGGGAUGGACAUACAAUACAAAUUGAUUUGUCAGUUGAUUUGUGUAGUGUUGACCUAGUCGUUUCAACAACUACCAUGGAGAGAAUAUUUUCAACAAUGGAACAUGAACAUUGAUUUGUGCAACAAAAUGAGUGAUGAAUUUCUCGUUGAUUACUUAGCUAUUUUCUUUGAAAAAGAGUAUAUUAUCAGUAUGGAUGGAGAUUAUAUUAUUGAUAAAUUUGUUAAAUUAAAAGAUCUUCUUGUACAAUUGGCAUUGUAAUGAAAACUAUAUUAUUAUAUAUUUUUGUAUAUGGUAUCUAAUAUUCUAUUCAAAUGCGGCCCAGUGCUCUCUUAUGUCCUGGAUCCGCCACUAAUACGCACUAGGAAAGCAUCAAAUAUAUAUAUAUGGCGGGAGAGAGCCACUGUCUUGGGAAUUUCCACAAGGUUUGCCUUUUGUCGCGCUUCAGCGGCUCACGAUGGAUCAACCAGAGAAUUCAUUAUGUGCAAUAAUGGGGAUUUGAGAUUUCCAAAGCUCAAACGACGGACUAAACACAAAUAUAUAUAUGUGCAGCUUCCCCUUAUUACCUACGUUGGCCUUGACUUAAGUGUAUAAUUAGCAAGAACUUUACACAGAGUAUAGGAAUCAGCUGGCACAAAUUUAACAGUACAGUAUGCAUAUGUAUUGGGAAUGGAGAGAUGACAGACAGAUUACUAAAUGGAAUAAUGUGGAAAGGGUAGAGAAGCUAUGGUGGUUUGUUUGUGUCCGCUGGUAUGAGACACGUCUCGAUUGACAAUAUUCUUCGAUCCAUCAGGCUGGUCUAUAAUGAGAGAGAGGCUCUCGUUACAACGGUCGAUAGAGGAUAUUCAUUUCGAUCAAGUCGGGAAUAUAAACACCUUUUGCAUCAUGUCGUCAAUCACAUGCAUGGUCGAGGAUUAACGAUUAUACACUUAUAGUAUAACAAUAUUUCUCACAUGAAACAUUAUUGAGUAAUAUGUUUGAGCAAAUAUACAAUAUAUUGUUAAAAUUUUAUGUAUAAUCCCAAAAUAUUAUAUAUUCUAAAUCAAUUACAGAUAAUUCCGAAGAAUAAUUUGUCCUCCUAUCACAUGUGAGUCAACACCUUUUGUUACACCGAAAGAAAAAAGAAAUACUAGAAUCAAGAUGGCACAAGGAAGGCAAGGCUAGAGAAUUCUACGGAAUAAGGAACUCAUUUUUUUGCCCCGAAUUAAUGAACUCUUAAAGACAGC